AGUUACCCAUUUUUUUUUCUUCUUUAUUUUAUCUAUUUUCUCGUCUAGGCGAUAAAAUUUCACUAGCGACUAGCGGAAAACUCAUAAAAUCAGUUAUCCGUUUUCAAUUCAGCAGUCUUUACAUUUAUUUUGUUUGUCCCUUUAUCCUGAUGGCCGAACAAUGGAAUUUAACGAAAUUAGUUAAUUGUUAUGAGGUUAAAAUAUUUAUUAUUCACAGCUGCUGGGCGUUUCUCAAACAAAUAUACGUGGGUGAUCUGAUUAUGUCGCUUUCUUCACGCAUCCGACGCGCCUGAUGGAUUCCCAUUAAUAUCUUAUCCAUAGGUAAAUAUGCAGACUCCCAUUACAUUGAGGCCUGUAUCACCUAGGAGUCCUCUUCGGUUUUGCAAUUGUUUUUCUCCAAUAAAUGCUAAAAAUCAUCAGGAAGACUCGCUCCUAUGUAUCCAAAAAUCAUUCUGAAUCUCCAUUACUUCCUUUUUCUCUCGUUUCACCUUUUCACCUUCUCGUUGACAAAGAUAACAAUGUCAAAAACGAUUUCACCAUUCUUCGUUACUGAACCCACAGGAGAAAAAAUAAUCGAGGAAGAGGUAAAAAAUUACGAGUGGCUCACAUGCGCCGUCUCGAAAAAGGAAUCUUGGAAUCAAUGGACGUGACUCUCGGUUAUGUACAGACCCACGACAAAGGGCAAGAGAUGAGAGGAGAAAGGAGAAUGAGAGAGAGAGAAAAACACGCCCAAAUCACACGCGCUGUAACCAAGACUCUGUUACGAAGCCAACUGUCGAGUCAAUGAAGGGAUAUGGUGGAGAUGGGGCUGGUGUGUACGGCACUUUUAUGUGUCUGUGUUUGCCGACAAGACAGGGAAAGUCCAAACCCACUUCACUAAGCUCACGAUUGACAACAAUUACAGGGAAAUUUCACUGGUAAAUUUAAUUUGUUGCACAGCACAGUUUUAUUCUUCUUUAGGGGAAUAUAGAGUCACCAUUUUAACUGAAAAAAAUGUGAUUUUUGUUGACGUUUUUCAAUGGAAUCGGCAAUAUCGGAAAAAGCCCGAGGUGAAAACACCCAUAGUGAAUGUGGCCAACUGAUGUGCUGCCUUGUGCCUUCUACGAGAAGCUACGGACGAGGCGAGGCAUUGGACGGUCAGGGAGGGAGCGGGGUGGUCGGUUAGUGGAGAGGAAUGGCUGGGGAUAGGAAUUCAACCGCUGCACGUUCGCACUUGUUCGACGCUGACGAGCCGAGCUCGCCCGAAUACACCAACACACACACCUACAUCCGACUUAUCAAUGCCUUUGACUACUCAGUUUUACUUAUUUAUCUCUUUUUCUCUUUUCCUUCGGAUGGGUUUUUACACUCCUACUAUGCUUUUGGUUUCAGAGUGUGUGAGACUAUGAAAAAAAACGCCGUUUACCUUUUAACAUCACGCAGCCUCCCUUCGACAAGGAUCUCAGGGAGGUCGUCCACUUUUAUUCUCCUCCUCAAAGGAUUCGCAGGAUUUUUUUCGAAAAGAGAAAUUAAUUGCGCACGCGAUUCCAGACUUGGAAUUUGCAAAAUAUAAAUAAUUGUCAUUCAAUCCACAUAUCUAAUAGUCUGGAAAAAAAAUAACAAUACUGUGCUUUCUGUAUUACUGUCCUAUUUAGUGUUUUCUUUUUUGUUCUGCAUCAGCCGUUAUUAACCGAGAAAUACUAUUGUAGUCGAUGCAUCACGUGAGUUGAUCGUUUCGGUUUAUACAACAAUAAUUAUCGCUUCUGAUCUCCAACAGUGGCAAUAAGAUUUUUUUUUACCUUCUCAGCAGACGUAUGAAGAAAUUACGAAUUGUCUUGGGCUUCAAGAAUUUUGCGUUCAUUAUUGUUGCACAUUCGGAUACUGUUGAGAAGUUGCUGGUUAUACGGUAAUAGGAUUUUUAUUUUUACUCUAUACUACGGAGGGCUGAUGAGAGUUGUGUAUAGCCUCGCGGACGUCCAUCCACUGACUGAUUACGUUUUAGAUUGAUGAAAGAUUAUUCACGUUCAAGUGUAGGCAUGAAUGACCUUUUUGUUUGACUGCUAAUUUCAAGUUAUUAAGACAGAAUGCACAGUGCGUUUUGCAAUUUUUGAUCUGAGUGUUUGUUUUAUGUAACCAAAUGACUGGACGUUUUAAGAGCGGGAAUGGUAACACGGGAAAAGGACAAUUGUCGUGAGUAAAUGUAAAAUAUAAUAUCGCAUGCUCGGUUUGUGGGAAAUCUUUGGGAAUUGAAUGAAAAACCAUACCUUUUCUUGUCAUUUUUCAUUUCUUUAGUAUUACAAAGGAACACAUCGAUUAACAAAAUCGAUUUAUUGAAAAAUAAUGAUAAUAAAUUGUGAAUUAUUAGUCGAUUCGCCUCAUUAUUACCGCGCUCAGACAGCCUCUGAAAUUGCGAGAACAUCGUUUCGUCGUUCUGCACUCAAUGAAUGAAUGAAAUUAUCCCAACCAGUUCAGUUGUAAUAUUAGGUGAAUGAUCGGUAUGCACGAACCGUUU